UAAAAAAAAGAGAGAGAGAAAGAGAGGAAGAGAGACUGUAUGUCAAUUUAAGUACAAACGUGUAUGUUGUGGUUCCAAUAUUUUUAAUGAAGACGUGAGGUGAAUUUUUUUUUUUAUUUUUGGUAAAGAAAAUGAAUAUUUAUUGGAAGACAAUUAUUAUUUUUUUGCUCUAUUUUUUACAAGUAAUUAAUUCGAAACAUUCUUUAUUAUCUGAUCCUAUACUAUUGUCACGCUCAAUUAAAACUGAUAAUUCUACUGUUUAUGAAUAUAAAACCGAAUUUUUCGAAGUACCAUUGGAUCACUUCAGUUUUUCAUUGAAUUAUACAUUUAAAUUAAGAUACCUGAUUAAUGACACUUGGCAUCAAGGUAAUGAUGCGCCAAUUUUUUUUUAUACCGGAAAUGAAGGAUUUAUCGAUGUUUUUGCUCAGAAUACCGGAUUUAUGUGGGACAUAGCGACAGAUUUUGAUGCCCUAUUGGUAUUUGCAGAACAUCGUUAUUAUGGAAAAUCAAGACCAUUUGAUAAUGAAACAUAUUAUUCUGAUCCAAAAUACAUGGGAUAUUUGAAUUCGGAACAAGCUUUAGCAGAUUUUGUGGAAUUAAUCACAUUUUUAAAAACAAAACCAAACAUGAAGAAUAGUCCAGUUAUUGUUUUUGGAGGAUCAUAUGGUGGUAUGCUUAGUGCAUGGUUUCGUAUCAAGUAUCCCCAUAUUGUCCAAGGAGCAAUUGCAUCUUCAGCACCAAUUUUACAAUUCACUGGACACACAAAUUGUGCAGAAUUUGCAAAAAUUGUCACGGCAGAUUUUCAACGUGCCAAUCCAACAUGUCCAAUUCUCAUUAAACAAUCAUGGGCAACAAUAAUGAACAUUACGUCUACUAAUGAAGGAAUGAAAUGGCUUGGAGAAAAUUGGAAUUUGUGUAAACCAUUGACAAAUGCAAAUGAUGUUUCAAAUCUAAAAGGUUGGCUAGAAAGUAUUUAUGAUUAUUUAGCUAUGGUGGAUUAUCCCUACGAGACGAAUUUUCUAACUCCACUGCCUGCCAAUCCAAUAUCAGAGGCAUGUAAAUAUCUUGAUAAUUCAACACUCACUGACAAGGACCUGUUGCUUUCGGUAUUCAAAGCAAUAAGUAUUUUCACAAAUUACACUGGAGAAAAAAAAUGCAAUGGAAUUGAUGAUGCUGCACCACAAUUGGGUGCUGAUUUUUGGAAUUAUCAGGCCUGUACAGAAAUGGUAAUGCCACUUUGUACAAAUGGAAUUACUGACAUGUUUGAACCAUAUGAAUGGAAUGAAGAAAAAUUUAGUCAAAAUUGUUAUGAUGCUUUUAAAGUUCGACCACAAUUUAAUAGGAUUUGCAUGUAUUAUGGAUGUUCCGAUCUAUCAGCUGCUUCAAACAUUGUUUUCAGUAACGGAUUAUUGGACCCAUGGUCCGGAGGUGGUGUCAAGGAAAAUUUAUCAUCAACAGCAGUGGUUUAUAUAAUUCCGGAUGCUGCGCAUCAUUUGGAAUUGAGAAGUGAAAAUCGCAAGGAUUCCCUCAAUGUACGACAAGCUCGUAAUUUUGAAAGAGCAUCUAUCGCUCAAUGGAUUAAACAAUAUCGUGAUAUGAUUUCCAAUAAACCUCCGCCCUAUUAAUUAUUCAUUAUUAAUUAUUUAUAAUUUUUUAUUACAUAAUAUAAUUAUUAAUAAAUAAUUAUGAUGAAAAAUUAAUGACACUAAUAGGGGUAUGAGAAUUUUUUGAUUGAGAUAAAAUCAUUAAAUUAAAUUAUAACGAAAAACAAAUUAAUUACAAAAAAAACAUAAUAUUAACAUGGAAGAAACUUUUAAUUCACUUUCCGGAAAAUUAAAAUUUAUUUAAUUAUAAAAAAUUGCUUUACUCUGAAAUGACUCAGAAAAUGCGAAAAAAAUGUAUAAUAUUGAACUUUAUAAGUAUUCAAUAAAAAUGUGAGAAAAAAAAACAUUGAACUAGAAACAAAAAUCAAAAAUAUAGAAAAAAUUUAAAAAGUAGGAUCGUUUUUUUUUGAAAAUAAUUGCAAAUAUAUGCUUAAUUUGUUUAUAUAUAAAUAAAUAAUAUUCCAUAACGUGACUAUGGAAUUUUUACUACCGCAUAAAAUUUAUAACUAUAUAUAUAUA